AUGGAUCCGGAUGGACUGGAUGAAUCAGGAUGGACUGGGAUGGAUCCGGAUGGAUGGAUCGGGAUGGAACCGCAUGGAACCGGAUGGAUCCAGAUGGAUCCGGAUGGAACCGGAUGGACUGGAUGGAUCCGGAUGGAUCCGGAUGGACAGGGAUGGAUCCGGAUGGAUGGAUCCGGAUGGACUGGAAUGAAUCCGGAUGGCCUGGGAUGGAACCCGAAUGGACUGGGAUGGAUCCGGAUGGAUCCGGAUGGAACCGGAUGGAACCGGAUGGAUCCGGAUGUAUCCGGAUGGACUGGGAUGGAUCCGGAUGGAUCAGGAUGGACUGGGAUGGAUCCGGAUGGAUCCGGAUGGACUGGGAUGGAUCCGGAUUGA